CCCUCCCGGGGGCGCCAGGAAGCCGCCCGGGGCCUGGCUCCAGGAAAUCGUGGUCUCAGCUGCCCGGGUCCUCGAGCAGGCCCCGACCCUUCUCCUUGACCGGAGGAGAGGCUCGGCGCCUCACCCUCACCCCGUCUUUGUGCAGGGCGCCGGCGGCCAUUGUGUCCGUGCGGGAAAUGGAGGACCCGGCAAUCCCCUACUGCCACCGCCGCGUCCAGGGCCUUUGGGGAAUUCAAAGAAUACCAGCGGCGUUUCUGGGGGGUCCCCGGCCUUCAGCCUCCCGGAAAGGCCCGGGGAUGGUCUUUCCGAAGUCAGACCUCAGAUCCGAGGCAGUUUCCCCUUCCCUCGGUCCCUCAUCGAAACCUUGAGCCCCAUUGAGAAGUCAUUUCAGGGUUUCGGAUGCCUCACCCUGGGCCGGUACUUAAAUAGAAAAAACAACAACCAAAAAAAAAAAGAAACCUAAAUCCCACACCAGCCACCUCUGGGAGAAUUCUCCUAUUCUCCGGGCUCCCAGUAGGAGGCGGAGAGCCAAGGAGCGUGCAAGAGCGAGGGGGCUGGGCUCCCGGGUGGCAGGAGGCCGCCCUCAUUCUGGGCGAUGGAGGAGGAAGCAAGCGAGGUGGCCGGUUCCUGAGCUUCGUAAUUCCUGUGUCGCCCUCUGGGCUCUCAGCCGGCUGGGUCGCAUGAUCCAUCCAGCCGGAGCUGGUUUUUUUGCUAGCCGCCGCGAGGCCGGCUGAGUUACCGGCAUCCCGUCUGCCACCUUCCCGACCUAUGAUACAAAAGAUCUUCCGGGGGCUGCACCUGCCUGCCUUUGCCGGAGAAGGAUUUGAAUCUCUUUCUCUCCCUUCAGAACCUUAUCUUGGCAUUGGAUCUCAGAAGACAACCACUAACUAGAGACCAGACUCAGUGAGUGAGCAGGUGUUUUGGACAAUGGACUGGUCGAGCCCAUCCCUAUUAUAAAAAUGUCUCAGAGCAACCGGGAGCUGGUGGUUGACUUUCUCUCCUACAAGCUUUCCCAGAAAGGAUACAGCUGGAGUCAGUUUAGUGAUGUGGAAGAGAACAGAACUGAGGCCCCAGAAGGGACUGAAUCAGAGAUGGAGACCCCCAGUGCCAUCAAUGGCAACCCUUCCUGGCACCUGGCGGACAGCCCCGCAGUGAAUGGAGCCACUGGCCACAGCAGUAGCUUGGAUGCCCGGGAGGUGAUUCCCAUGGCAGCGGUGAAGCAAGCGCUGAGGGAGGCAGGCGAUGAGUUUGAACUGAGGUACCGGCGAGCAUUCAGUGACCUGACAUCCCAGCUCCACAUCACUCCAGGGACAGCAUAUCAGAGCUUUGAGCAAGUAGUGAAUGAACUUUUCCGGGAUGGGGUGAACUGGGGUCGCAUUGUGGCCUUUUUCUCCUUCGGUGGGGCACUGUGCGUGGAAAGCGUAGACAAGGAGAUGCAGGUAUUGGUGAGUCGGAUUGCAACUUGGAUGGCCACUUACCUGAAUGACCACCUAGAGCCUUGGAUCCAGGAGAACGGCGGCUGGGACACGUUUGUGGAACUCUAUGGGAACAAUGCAGCAGCCGAGAGCCGGAAGGGCCAGGAGCGCUUCAACCGCUGGUUCCUGACGGGCAUGACUGUGGCUGGCGUGGUUCUGCUGGGCUCACUGUUUAGUCGGAAAUGACCAGACACUGACCACCCACCCACUCACCCUCCCACCCCCAUCCUGCCCCCACCACAUCCCUCCUUUCAGCCACCUUUGCCACCAGGAGAACCACUACAUGCAGCCAUGACCACCCUACACAUCACAGGGUUGGGCCUAGACCUGGUCCCCCGCAGUUAGUUUUCUAGAAUCUACUAUGCUUCUGUGAGAGCCACCUUCCCCCACACUUCAGUUCUCCUGGCCUUGAAACCCACAAAGUUUCCCCAAAAUCUGCCCAUGGAAGCUGGCAGGUGUGGGGGAGUUUGUGGCUGGGGGCUGGAAGGGCCCUGCCUGAUUGGUGGAACCCCUUACCCCUUAGCCUCCCCAAGAAUGCUUUCCUGCCAGGGAGCUAGAAAGUUUUCUGACCCUUUUUCCCAGAAAAAGAGACUAGAUUGCCUUCGUUUUCAUGUUUGUGGCCUCAGAAUUAAUCAUUUCUUAUCCCAGUCCCCCACCCCCACCCCUUCCCCCGGACCUGGGCUUCCCUUCCUUUCAUUCCCACCCUUCAGUAGCUACUUAGGGGCCAACUCUGACCAAUUAGGGAUUCAGGCUGCUUGGGAUAAAGAAACAAGGACCAGGACCCCCCUCCCCAACUCUGGCCUGGCCAAAGUCCCUGCCCCCCCAGCCCCAAUGUCCUCUAGAGGUCUCUGGCUAGAGGCCAGCCCAACUCAGGAGGAGAGGGCUGUAGCUGCAGGAAGCACCCCAUGCCAAAGCUAGGGUGGCCCUUGCAGUUUAGCACUAUCCCAAUUCCCUUCCGCUUCCCCUCCCCUGGCUCCCAUGACCAUGACUGAGGGACCAACUGGGCCCAAGACAGGUGCCCCAGAGCUGUUUAUGACCUCAGCUGCCUCACUUCCUGCAAGGAGAUCAGCCUUGUGGCAUCUUUGCUUUGGACUGCUGCCCAUGGGGUUCAGGGGCCUCGGCCCAGAGGUGAAGGGGAGCUACAGGCAGCAGCUGUGGGAGCCCUAGGGUCUUCCCUACCUCAGGCAGAAAGGGCAGGAAGGAGAGCCUGGUGCACAGGGUGAAAGUGCGGCUGGCCAGUGGGGCCAGUCCUGCCUGGCCAAACAGAUUUGUGCCCCACCCCCAUUCAGCCUGGGCAGCCGGGCUGCCAGGUCAGAGUGUCCUGGCCAGGAGCCCUUCAGGCCUCCCUCUCUCCUCUGCUCUACCCAUGGCCUGUCUCAUCCCUGGGGGUCCUGGCCUAGCCCUGGCCCCCCUGGGCUCUCUGCUGUACAUAUUCAAAACUAGUUUUUAUUCCUUGUGAAGAUGAUAUACUAUUUUUGUUAAGCGUGUCUGUAUUUAUGUGUGAGGAGCUGCUGGCUUGCUGUGCGUGUGCACGUGAAGAGCUGGUGCCUAGAGAUUGAACAGCCUGACGCUCCCUCCCUGCCCUGGUCCGGGGAAGCCAGCCGGGGUCCUGGCUCCUGAGGGGCACCUGUCCCUCCCCCAAUCCCCACCCCACACUUGUUCCAGCUCUUUGAAAUAGUCUGUGUGAAGGUGAAAGUGCAGUUCAGUAAUAAACUGUGUUAAUUCAUUGAA